GUUUUGUGUUACUGGUGUCUUGCUUAAUUUAUUGAGGAAGAAUAUUGGAAGUAUGUGUCUUUCCUGCUAUGCUUUAAGAUGAUAAAUUGUAUACUAGACGUUUGCGUGGCCCAACUAUUUUUAGCCGUUGAACUGGUUUUGCGUAUAAAUAGCCUAACAGUACGUCAUCUGCAUAACGUCCAGCCAGUACUUAUUGAGAGAGAAAGUUUGAUCUCUCAUAUAGUAAGUGUUUAAUAAGUGUAAAGUGCAAGAAAAUCAACGUAUAACAUUAUACUUUCGGGACGAUGUGAAGCAACACACACGGUGGAAGACUGAAACUUUUGGAGACAUUUGUGACGAGCGACCUGCAAGUUGCCAGUGAAGGAUGAAUUCUUCAAACAUGAACAUUGGAGAUGGGAAUCACCAUGCUUUAGAUGCUUCUCCCAUUUCAACUAAUAAUGAGUUAGGAUUAUCAGGUGCAGGGGAUGGAAGGACAGCUGGACAACCCUUGUCUGACUUUCUGCAACAGCUGGAGGACUACAUCCCCACAAUCCCAGAUGCAGUCACCGCCUUCCAUCUGCAGUCAGCUGGAUUUGAAACGUCAGAUCCAAGGAUAAUUCGUCUGGUGUCACUGGCUGCUCAGAAAUUUGUAUCAGAUGUUGCUAAUGAUGCUCUGCAGCACUGUAAGACGAGGGGAGCCUCUCAGAUAAGCAAGACAAGCAAGGGGAAGGAUCGUCGAUACACCCUCACCAUGGAAGACUUGACGCCUGCCCUUGCUGAGUACGGAAUCACCGUGAAGAAGCCGCACUAUUUUGUAUGAAAAUAAACUAUAUAAAAACUUACUGUGUUGUUCAUAAUUCUAUUGUUAUGUGUCAAAGUAAUUUUUGCGACGAUGAGAAAGGAACUUGCAGAAACUUUAAUACCAUGCAAUUGUAACCUUUUUUUUCACAUCAGUAGCGUUUCCUCCAUGUUUACCAUGGAAGAAAGAACUAUAGAACGAAAGUGACAUAAAAAUUAAUAACAUUUUUCAA